AUGCCGGUCUCUACGGGCACUAUUGAAUCUGUUAUUAGUUCUGUCACAGCUUCUAAAUCUUCAUCUUCUGCGUCUCGUGACCGUGUUGCGGCAUAUCAAGAGCUUUCAAAAGUUAAACGUGGUUUGCCAAAUCGAUUAGUAUCAGAGCUUGAAAAGCGAAAGGUUACUACUGUAGAGGAAGCAGCUCGUGUUGCACAGGUUCUGCGUUCAAAACGCUUAAAAUCACACAAGACAACACACCGACGGAAACCUGUUAAGGAGUUGAAAACACCAAAGGUUAAAAAACCUGGUAAGAUCACUCGACCUGUUGGUAAGGUUGCUGAUAAGGUCAUUUCAAGCAUGAAACGUGCACUAGACAUGGUAGGUUCGCUGUUGGUGUUCCAUGCGUUGCUUCUUAUAGGUGGCAUUGAUGGUUUUCGUGUCUUGUCAUCUCAGCGCGCGCCUGUGGCCGUUUUUAGCAAAUAUCGCACACCGGUCAAAGAUAACACGGUGAACCUGGUGGAUGACGCUAAUGCCAGUUUAUUGGCAAGGCCUACUGACGAUGUAGUUGAAGAUAGUAACGUCGAUGUGUCAGAGAGUACCGAUGUGGAAGAUCUACCAUCUGAUGAUAGAUACCGUGUUCCUUCGGAGCUGGGUGCUGGUUCGAUGCUCGGCAUCAAUGACCUUAUGUACAUUAUAUUUCGGGUCUUUGAUUCACUCGGUGAAGUUUCUGAGGAAGAGUGCCGACGUAUUAUAAUGAACAGUUUAUCUUCACUCGUUCAGGAACGUUUCUUCGAUCUUUACGUUUACCGAGAGGUUGGUGGUAACUUGCCUCCACUCUUGUUGGCACGGUUCAACAAUUUCAACGCUUAUGAGUUCGUGAGGGUUCAACUAUACGCUCGUGAUCCUUCUACCGCUGAACUCUUGAGGACAUUUUAUUUCCACACCACCCGUUACAGUAUACAUCAGGACCCUAACACAAUUUCGAUGAGCAGCUAUAUCAGGAACCGUAUGUACCGCGGUGGUAGGAUGAAUCCUCCUCGAGGUGGUAUUUAUGGCAGUCGUCGUGUACCGCCACAGAGGUAUAGUGGUAUGGUAGGGUACGAUCGUGUGCCACCACCGGUACAGUACCCUGGCCAGUCCAGUGGCAUGGCGCCGAUGUACCAGCAGCCUCCACCGCCGAUGCCGCCACCACCACACUUGCAACAUUUGCAAAUGCAUACAAUGAUGCUUUCACCUCAUAUGAUGGGUCCCCCUGGGCACGAGAUGGGCCAGCUGUCACACGGCCCUAUGCUAUAA